AUGGAGACCGGUACAAGCGUGGGCACUAGCGGACGCAGCAGAAACGAUAGCUAUGAAGCAAUCAAGAAUGGUUCAUGGUUUAAUCAGUUUCGUAACGGCUGCAAUCCCUGGAUGGCUAGAUAUGUAUACGGUCUGAUAUUCCUCAUAGCGAAUCUACUAGCUUGGGCUGCUCGUGAUUAUGGUCGACGUGCCUUAAAAGAAGUGACAAUAUUCAAGAAUUGUAAAGGCGGAGAAAACUGUUUGGGGACAGAAGGAGUCUUAAGAGUUAGCUUUGGAUGUUUUCUGUUCUAUUUCGUUAUGUUUCUAUCAACACUUGGCACGUCGAAAACGCAUUCAUCAAGAGAUAAAUGGCAUUCUGGAUGGUGGUCUGCUAAGAUUAUCAUGUGGCCAAGCUUAACCAUCAUUCCUUUCUUGCUUCCUUCUACCAUUAUUCAGCUUUACGGAGAGAUUGCCCAUUUUGGUGCAGGGGUGUUUCUACUGAUACAACUAAUUAGUGUGAUCAGUUUCAUUCAAUGGCUCAACGAAUGCUACCAGUCUCAAAAAGAUACAGAAAGAUGCCAUGUCCAUGUGAUGCUACUAGCAACUACUUCAUACACAGUGUGUAUAGUUGGGGUGAUUUUGAUGUACAUAUGGUACGUACCGGAUUCGUCAUGUCUUCUCAAUAUAUUCUUCAUAACAUGGACUUUGUUCCUUAUCCAACUCAUGACAAGCAUCGCUCUCCACCCUAAAGUGAAUGCUGGAUACUUGACUCCAGCUCUAAUGGGACUCUAUGUUGUGUUUAUCUGCUGGUGCGCCAUUCGAAGUGAACCAGUAGGUGAAAGUUGCAAUAGAAAAGCAGCAGCUUCAAACAGAACGGACUGGCUUACCAUUAUUAGCUUUGUGGUUGCGUUACUUGCAAUGGUUAUUGCGACAUUUUCCACGGGAAUAGACUCUCAGUGUUUCCAAGUCAAGAAAGAUGUGAACAAUCAAGGAGAAGAAGAAAAAGAUGAGGAAGAUGAUGUUCCAUAUGGAUAUGGAUUCUUCCAUUUUGUAUUUGCCACAGGAGCAAUGUACUUCGCUAUGCUACUUAUCGGCUGGAACACUCAUCACCCCAUGAAAAAGUGGACGAUUGAUGUUGGAUGGACGAGUACUUGGGUAAGGGUUGUGAACGAAUGGCUUGCGGUUUGCGUAUACAUUUGGAUGCUGGUGGCUCCAAUCAUACUAAAGAGCAGAAGACAAGCAACAAGUGGGACAUGA